GCAGGGUGAGUAUUGAUAGAGAUAGACAUUUAAAUGUCAAGAUGGAGGAUCACUGUAAAAACUGCUCAUUGUGUUUCUUGUGAUCCAGAUUAAUAUUGCAACAGAUAUAAGACUUACUGAAAUACAUGGGCCAGGUGUUGACGAGGAACCUCUGAAUUUAUUCAAAAUUGACAACAAGACAGCAGAGAUCUGGGUCAUGCAGCCUGUGGACCGUGAGAUCCAUGAUCAGUUUAAGGUGAUUAGGAAAAACCACACAUUUGAGCAAUGUGUUGUUCAAAGUUUAACAGUACGUAUUUGUGUGCUUUAGUUAUGGAAGUGCUUUUGACUAUGAAAUGUACUUUGUGUCUCAGCUGAUAUUUCAGGCGUUUAAAAAAGAAAAGGGUGAUAUAAAUGCAAAAAUUGGAAUUAAUAUUGAUAUUAUUGAUACAAAUGACAACGAACCAAAAUUUAACAAUCACGUGUAUGAGGUCACCAUAGAAGAGGCACCAUCACAGGGCACUGAGUUGGUCAAUGUUACAGCAACAGAUCGUGACAGUACCGAGAAGAACAGGAAAUUUAGCUUUAGUAUAGAGUCAGUGAGUCCGACUCCACAGAACUUUGAAUUCGUUAUAAAUGAGGAGCCUGAUUCUGGAAACGGGACCAUUUCAUUCAAAGGAUGUCUGGACCACGAGAAGGCACAGAAAUACACCCUUAUUGUGAAAGCCACAGACCAUGGACAACCGAAAUCACUCUCCAGUUCUACAACAGUGAUAAUCAAUAUAGAGGACGGAAACAGACAUCUUCCAGUGUUCACAAAGCAAAAAGGCGAAGCAAGUGUGAAAGAAGGACUGCAAGGUGUUCUCAUUUCACGUCUGCAAGUUACAGAUGAAGACACCAGAGGCACAAAGGCCUGGAAAGCAAAAUAUAAAAUCCAAGGAGAUACAAACGGCAACUUCAGAAUUGAUACUGAUCCUGAGACAAACGAAGGUCUAGUCUAUGUGCAAAAGAUACUCGACUAUGAGGAAGAUCCUUUGAAGAACAUCAUCAUCUCUGCAGAGAAUGAGAUUCUCUACUUUACUUGCAAAGUCAUAAACCGCAAUACUGCUGGUCUUUGGGAAAUUAAGACUGUCAAUGGUAGCACUUUCAGUGAGGCACAAGGUGUGACUGGAACAAAAGAAAUGCGUUUGUCCACCUAUCACCUGACAGUAAACAUAGAAGAUGUCAAUGAACCCCCUGUCUUUGAUCCAUCAAACAAAACCAUUACCGCAUAUGAGGAUGUUGCGUUGGGUUACUAUUUGGAGACACUAAUUGCUAAAGACCCUGAUGUUAAUGGUGCAAAUCAAAUCCGAUACAUGAUUGGAGAAGAUCCAGCUGGUUUUGUUACAGUGGACUCCAACUCAGGAAAAAUAACCACAUCAAAGAGUUUAGACCGAGAGUCACAGUUAGUUAAAGAUGGACUGUAUGUCAUCAAAAUAUAUGCCACUGACAAUGGUGAACCGUCCCAGACUGGCACAGCAACACUCAGCAUCAAGAUUGUCGAUGUAAACGACAAUGCUCCAUCCUUGGACAAAAGCAUUAUCGACAUGUGCCAAACAGAUAAAAUCUCAUUGGUCAGUGUCACAGCUUUAGAUCCAGAUGCAGAACCAUACAGUGGGCCUUUCUCGUUCAAGCUUCUUGGAGAUGUUAAGGACAAGUGGAGGAUUGAUCCUGAAAAGGGCCAUUCCUUCAAGCUUGUGAAUGAACACAAAGCUACAAUUAUGAUUUUCGGACAGCAUGAAUUGCAGCUAGAAGUGUCAGAUCGUCAAGGAAAAACAGCUGUCCACAGCUUGUCAGUUAGUGUGUGCAAAUGCUCCAAAACACCUAAGCCAGACUGCAGACUCAAGAAACAUACUGGAUCCAGACUCGGACCAGGAGCUCUGGGAAUUUUAUUUUUAAGCAUUUUACUGUUCAUAGGCUUUCUGCUUUUAACUUUUCUGAUGUCAUGUAAGCCUGAGAGGAUACCAUUCCCCAAUGACUCUGCAGGGCAAUAUUUAAUGAUUAGUAACUCAGAGGGACCUGGAUCUGAUUGCAAAUUGCCUUUAGGAAACCUGGGCCACAUUGGUCAUGGACAACAGAUGCAGAUAUCUCAAGGCAAGCCAUUGACAGUGAUGCCGGUAUUAGUUGAUGACAACUCACAAAUGAGUCAGAACACGAUAAGCUGCCAGCAAGAAACAAUCCUUGAGAUAAAUUCUGCUCUGCCGACUAUUGAUGGGCAAUGGAUGAUUCCCCAUGGCUCUUCUACUUCAGGCAUGAAGAAGAGACAUCAGCAGCAAGAAAUAAAGAAAGCAAACCAAACGGUUGGGAUACUACAAAGCCAACAUGUUUUGGAAGAUCUACAGUAUAAUCUAAUAAAAACAAAAGUACUCACUUUGGAGGAGUCGGGCAAGGAGUUGGGUGAUUAUGAACCCGUCAUCUAUGCUGAUGAGGGAGACUUCGAACACAACUUUGAACUUGAUGCUCUCUCUGACCCUGGAGUUUCCUUUGACCAAGACAUGGAACUGGAUUACACGUUUUUACCUUUGGCCUCAAUCUGUUCACCUGACAUCGCUGCCUACUUCGGUAAAGAGCAGAGUUUGAUACAGCAGGACAUAUUUAUUUCAUGAAUCUAAUGUUCAGUCUCUUGAUUUUUGUAAUGCAAACAAUCUUGAACUCAGCCAUACUGUUAAGAUAUUUAAAAAGCCUAAAAUGGUCUUUGAACAAAACUAAAUGGCUUUUUGAUGCAAUUAUGGCCUAAACAUUGAGAGAGAGGAUAAAGAUUAACAGCAUUGUUUACAUCACCUAUCUGAAAAGAAACUAUUUGAAGGCAGCAUUCAAAGAUUGUCAGUAUUUGUAAAGAAAGGCCAAUAAAAACUGCUCUGGCUGAUGCGUGUGAUUGGCCUAUUUAAAACCUGUACAUAUAUGAUUCCAAUACUGUUUGAUGGAUGUGCUUGUGCUGCUUGUAGUUUAUAUUUGGACGGAAAAACAAACCCGCUGAGGGUUGUACUUGGGAUUUUAUUGUGUAUUAUUUAUUGUAAAAACAAGG